ACUUCAACUACUCACAUUCAUAGCCAAACGAUGUCGACAAGUGAAGUGAGGACUGAGCAAUAAACUUACGUUAAAACGUAACGAUCAGAUUUUACUUUAAAAGUUAUUGGUAUAUAAUAUUGAUAAUGAAGACAAAUUUGUAAAAGUGCGUUGUGAUUUUACUGUAGGUAAUAAUUAAUACGUGGUGAAAAUAAACUUUAUAUUUUUGGAUAUUGCCUUGACUUAUAUGUUUUAAAAAGUUUACCGUGGACUUUUUGAGCUUGUGAAAGUAUAUAAUUAAACAUAAAUGCAACAUGGACCACUUAGACGAUUCAGAGAACAAUGCGAAGAUAUCAGAUUCUGCCUAUUCAAACAGCUGCAGCAACAGUCAAUCGCGGAGGAGUCAUAGUUCCAAGUCUACACAUUCUGGGAGCAACUCAAGUGGAAGCAGUGGAUAUGGAGGGAAGCCGUCCACUUCUGGAAGCAGCAACAACUUGGGCCAGCCGCCCAAGAAAGAAAAGGAGUCGAAGAAAAAGAAGUUACCGCAAAUAGAAACAAUCGUCUCCGAUGCAAUCGUUGAGGCGGAGGCCCGGGCUCCCGAGCCCGUCCCUGUCUUCGAUGCCCCCAUACAAGAAGAACUCGAAGUUAUCCCGACUCCACCAUCGGUGCAUGCGCAGUCGGAAAAGGGGGUGGAGAAUAUGGACAUAUGCACGUCGGAGCUGAACAGUCUGAAGGAUGAGGUGGUUUCCUGUAACAUGCCUGUUGUCAGUGCGACAGCCAACUACGUCUCCAACCGCAGUCUCCCAGCUAAUUUCUGCAUGGUACCACCUGAACGAUACCAAGAGAUUGGCCGUUACGAGAUGCGAUGUGAGAACACUGAAAAAAUGCGGUGUAAGGAUGGAUUUUCAUGCGUGAUCUCAAUGCAUGACGGCGUCGUAAUGUACACAACAUCAUCAUUGACGUCUACUCUUGGCUUUCCGAAGGACAUGUGGAUUGGCAGGUCUUUUAUAGACUUCGUUCACCCAAGGGACCGCAGCACCUUCGCGUCCCAAAUUACCAACGGAUUGGCAGUUCCAAAAAAUGUUAAUAAUGGUACGAUAGAAAAAGUGUCAAAAGGUUAUGAAAACCGGUUUGUCUUCGACGCUGAACCUGAACACUUAAAUAAAGCUAUUCAAAUAGCCCAAUCCCCAGCUAACUCGGUGUCGACGAUGGUGUGCCGCAUACGCCGCUACAGGGGCCUCACGAGCGGGUUUAGUGUAAAGGACAAGACCGUCAGCUUCAUGCCCUUCCUGCUAAAGUUGACCUUCAAGAAUAUAAGUGAUGAAGAGGGCAAAGUCAUCUAUUUGGUCAUACAAGCUACACCAUUCUUCUCGGCCUUUAAAACACCGAAUGAAGUGGUAAUCAAGGCGGUUCCGUUCGUAAUGCGUCACGCGGCUAAUGGUCAUAUUGAAUACGUGGAUCCCGAGUCAGUACCAUACCUGGGAUAUCUUCCACAAGACCUGGCUGACAAGGAAGCUCUACAGCUCUACCAUCCGGACGACUUGCAUUACCUUCAUCAAGUAUACGAUACCAUAGUCAAGGAAGGCGGACUGCCUAGAUCUAAACCAUACAGGAUGUUGACGCAAAACGGAGACUACCUCAGAUUGGAGACGGAAUGGUCGUCAUUUAUUAAUCCCUGGUCUAAGAAACUAGAGUUUGUGAUUGGAAAACAUCAUAUUAUUGAGGGGCCGAAUAACCCUGAUGUGUUUCAAGUCCCAGAGCCGGAAAAGACCACCAAAUCAUGCGAGGAGGAAAGGAAUAAAAUACAAAAGCUCCGCGACUCUAUCAUACGGACCUUGAAUGAGGUUUUGACCAAGCCGGCUGAAGUUGCAAAGCAACAGAUGAGCAAGCGUUGCCAAGAUCUUGCUUCGUUCAUGGAAAGUCUUAUGGAGGAGGCUCCUAAGACUGAUGAUGAGCUCCGAUUGGAGAUACAGGAUCCUGACCAUAGUUACUAUGAGAGAGACUCGGUGAUGCUCGGCGGUAUAUCGCCGCAUCACGAUUACUAUGACAGCAAGUCCAGCACAGAAACGCCGUUGAGUUACAACCAACUCAACUACAAUGAAACAUUGCAGCGGUAUUUCGAUAGUCACCAACCUAUAUCAUUUGAGGACUACAACACUGUCACCGGCGAAAAUAUUCUUGGACUGAAAGAUGCGAGACCAGUUCCAAAUCAUUGCCUCUCGCCAAUAGCGCAGCAUUCCCGUGACUCCGGUGACUUGACUUGCUCGUCAGAUUCCAAUGGGAUGUUAUGCCUUAACAGCCCAAAUGCGCCGUUCGGGGAUUACCCACCGAUCCGCCUUACAGAGUCCUUGCUUAACAAGCACAACAGUGAAAUGGAGAAGGAACUUUUGAAGAUACAUCGUGAGUCUCGCUCGAGCAGCAAGGGAGAUAGAGAAAAGAAUUCGAAUGAAAACAGACAGAAGAAGAAGGAACAUUUAGCACGCUGUAACGCGUCCUAUCAUCCCACAGCAGCUGGGGUCACUACUACAGCCUUGCAGGCACACGGAACAAAACGUGCAUCGAAACAUCUGGACACAGAAGCCGGCAACCACAAACACCACUGCCCGUCGCCGCGCAAUGCGCGUCGCAAGCAGAGGACGCUGUCGACCAGCGCCGCUGUCGCACAACCCGCCGUGUCCACCGCAGUCACUACCACUAUGGAAACAAAUCAGUGGCCCACUGCCCCCAUUAACAACAUGAAUGCAUUCAUCCUAGGAGUGGGUAUCCCUCAGCAAAUGUCUAUCAUGAGCCCCGUCUCCGCGUUGCCCGCUAUGCCAGGCAUGGCAAGUAUGGCAAGCAUGCAGGGCAUGGCAGGAAUGCCAGGCAUGUUUCCGAUGUACUAUGCACCAGCCACACAUCAACCUAUGCCGUCGACUUCGUCGGCUACAAAUCCACCACAAGGCCAUUUCCAGGCACCAACAAUGAUGAUGUAUGGCCAGCCAAUGUACGGAUCGCCGUUUAUGUACUCGGCGAUAAACCCGCAGAUGUCAUAUCCUAUGCAGCAAACACAAUUGAUGGCACAAUCUAUGCAAUACACUAACAGUAUGAACCCUCUCGGACUAACCAGCAGCAACUACGAAGAGGCCUGUAAGCCCAGUUUAACAUUGAGGCCAGGCAAGUUUACCAGUGUCUGGCGCGACAAGAUAAGAGCAGAAUCUCACAAAUUAGACCAAGGAAGCGGCGAUAGUAACUCUUCAACAAAUGCAUUGAAUCGGGAGUCGGAGGCAAACGAUAGUCAUGCUGGAAACGAGAAGUCAACAAAAUACUCAACAGACAUCAGAUCCUCGUCAAACAGUUACAGCCCUAAGAGUACUGAGGCUGUACCGAAGACGCCUCCCUUGGCCCGUGUGAACAAGCUGGGCAGAGUAGGACAGAGUGAAGAAACUCCCGACAAAACUGAUGGAGAAUCUAGUUAUUCAUCAUUCUACUCAUCCUUCUUUAAGACUGAAUCUGGCAGUGCCGAGGAAAGCGGGGACCCUAAAUUUAAUAAAGACAAGAGAUUUCGGAGUCCAUUGAACGCUUCGUCAUCGUACUACCAACCCAACCCCGUCAAGAAGGUCGCCAGGAGGAAAAUGGAACCACCAUGGAUGGAACAGGUGUGCGUCACAUCGGAGCUGAUCUACAAGUAUCAAGUGCUUACCAAAAAUAUGGAAGAGGUUCUUUCUGCUGACAAGCAAAAAAUGAAGACUCUAGAGCAGCCAUCCCUUGUAAACGAACAACUCGGCCAGUUAUAUUUGGAUCUCCAACUGGAAGGUGUCGCUGCGAGGUUGACUCUUGAGGAGGGUAUCACUAGUUCUAGCAGCUCCGGCGAAGAAACCACCACUACCAAGAGUUCACGCAGGAAGCGCGAGUACAGUAAACUUGUGAUGAUCUACGAAGAGGACGCACCUCUGCCGCCGCCGCCGGAGGGGGAAGUCGAGGGCGAGGCCUCCAGCACCUCCACCUUCUAAACCAACCAGAAUGUUCUAGAAUGCACAUUGAGACCUAGCCAAGGUCCAGUCGCAAGUCCAGGUCACCUAGUUAGUAUUCUUCGUACCAAUGUUGCACAAAUUGUAUCGUGCAACAUAGAUAUAAAGUAAACGCACGAUAAGCGACUAAAUGUUAUAAUUGCGUAGCUAUCAUGCCCAACCAGGCUAACAGGUGACGUAGAAUAAGAUAGAUUUACGCACCAUUUCUUUUUAACCUUUUAAAGGAAAACAAAGAUCUAGUAUAUUACAGUUAUUAUCAAGGAAAUUAUAAAUUAAGAUCUCAUUCGUUUACAAAACUGAUUUAAUAACAAUUCAUGUUUGAAAGAUUUACUUCGAUUUGACAUAUUGGGUUUGUUUCUCUAUUACCAGAUUUUAUUGACUGCCUUUUGCACCAAAUAAACUUUGUAGAUGUAUAUUAUUUGUUAGUGUUGAUUUAAUCGUUCAUCAGAUUUUAUAAGUUUAUGCUAUUUAAUAUUAAGUUGUUCAAAUUAUAAUUAAUUUUUGAUGUGCGUUAGUUAGGGAAUGUUAAGUUAGAGUAAAAUAAAUCUUUAACUGACAAGUUGGGUGGCUUAACAUUCCGAUGUCUGCUUAUGAUGAAAAUGUUUGAUAAAGUAUUAGAAUUGGAUAAAGUAUUAUUUCAAAUUACUUUCUCGUAGAUUUUCAUAGUUGUAACCUUAUGCAUUUACUCGAAUACACAAGACAAUAUUAUUUGAUACUGGCGGCAAUGAGUUCGUGCAUGUUUUGUAAAAUGUGACAGCUUUAAAUAAGUUUAAAAUUAUCCUUUAUUAAAAUAAUAGGUUGCAGUGUCUAUGACACUUAUGUCUCAUCGGAUUGUAUACAUAGUAAAAAUAUCAAAUCUUUCCAAUCUAUUUUGUUGUGAAUUUUACGUUUUGAGUUGGAAAAGUUUCAAUUAGCACGCUUAAAACAGUGAUCUAUUUCUUUUCGAGAAACGCUAAAUUCAUUGCUGCCAGUAUAAUGUCUUGCUAUGUCCUUUUUAGUGCAUUUUUACUCCUAUUUAGCUGGACUGAUAUUAACGUAUAUUAUGUGAUAGGAGAGAGAUGUGUCCGAGAGACUCUCGGACUUUUUAUGUUGUGUUAGAACCAUAUUUUGACUUUAUCGAGUGAUUAUUUUAUAAGGUAGGUUUAGAUGGAGUUUGGGAAAGCUUUUGGUUUCGCACAGUGGUUCUAUAGAGCAACUAUUUACCUCAAUUGACUGUUACAUGCUAAUAAUGAUUGCCAAUAUAUUUUCUAUACAAAUGGAUCAUAUUUUUCUAUAACGACAAAUCUAUACGGGUGCCUUAGAGUGAAAUAGAAAUCAAAAUAUAAAUCGAUCAAUGUUGAAAUUUAUUAUUUAGUUAAUUAUUGGGUUGGUUACUUUUGCAAAGAAGAAAGUUAUGGUUUGUUGACUCAGUUACCGGUAUAUUUAUGAAAUCUACGUAAAUUGUAUUGUGUAGUAGUAAUUAUGUGUCUUUAAAGUUCAUUCCUAAAAUUAAUUUAAUGACAGUGUUACUUUAGUCCAAAUUAAAUUAAUGUAUGUUGUCGCGCUAUGUGUGAUGCUUUAAAAUUUUCGUGUUAUUGUAUAAUUCUAAAUGUUCGUUUACAGGCUUUUAGUGCUUAUUUAAAUUCGAGUCAUUUAUAUGCUUGCAAUGUUUAAUUAAUGGCGACAUUUGUGUUGAUGUGUUAAGUUACCUAUUAUUAUAUUUAAAAUACAUAAAUGUACGUUAUAUCGUUCGUUAAUGUGUGUUAGAUUUAUUUGCAAUUGUGUACGUAAAGUUAUACAAUUUUGGUGUAUGUUAUGUUAGGAUAUAAUUGUAUGUAUGCCCCGAAGAUUGAAACGCAGUUUGACUUUAACACGUUCUUGAUAUGUCUCUCUAACCUUAAAGUUUAUGAGACUGCAAGAAACUUAAAGUCGAUUUUUAAAUAAUUGACGUUUCAGUAUUCGGCUGAUAUAAGAGUAGUUAUAAAACCGGAAUCAUAAACUGAGUUAUUAAAAAUUUACUAAUUUUCAAAAGAAGCAAAAAUUCGAUGAUUAUCAUUAUUGCUCAUUUACCUACAAAGAUUUCUACUUUUGUUAUGUUUAGUUAUUGAGUUAUGAAAGAUUUUCUAUUGUAAGUUUAAUUCGCUAAUAUUAUGACAUUUCUGUGAAAUAAAUGAUUGAAAGUG